AUGGGAAUCCGAGCCGCAACCAGGGAAGACUUACAGGCUACCUCCGCGGAGCUAGUCCUGGGAGAAACCAUUAGGUUACCAGGACAGUUCCUGACAACCACAAGCCGCCGAAACCAAGAGGAACACGAUUACCUAAAAACACUAAAGAAGGCUAUGGAACAUUUGCAACCAAGACUGCGCAGACACGGAGAAGAAGCAACCUUCAUCUUUAAGGACUUAACAAAAACACCCAAGGUUUUUUUAAGGCGCGACGCACCUUCGAGAGCUCUACAGGCGCCGUACGAUGGGCCUUACGAAGUCCUCCAACGGGACGAGAAAACAUACAAACUGAGGAUCAAAGGAAAAUCAGUACGCGUCUCCAUAGACCGACUCAAGCCAGCCUACACCCUGGAGGAAACAACGGACACGGAAACCAAGAGCCAAAAACCAACGCCGAUCAUUACAAGGUCCGGAAAACAUGCAAAACCAACGGUACGGUUCACACAGAACUAG